AUGAUCCUGAGGUUUGUGAGCAAAGAGGGCCAGUUCCGGCUCAACGUCGAACCCACGACAACAUUCCCAGAGGUUCUUCCUCAGAUUGCGGAGAAGCUGCCCAAGAGCGUCGAUAUCCAGAGCAUCAGUGUCAGCAACCGUCCUCAGGGAGGCGAUGCCAGGAAGCUUUCUGAACUUAAAGGCGUGUCCUUCGAGCAAGUCGGCUUGUCUCAUGGCGCACAGCUCUUCCUCACCUUCGAGGAGCAGUCUACCAUAUCGAAUGGCCAUGCUGCAGCUUCAGCAGGUGCUUCUCGACUAAAUGGCAAACCCGUCGACCCCUCCGAAACGCCCUCGGUGCCCCUCGGUUCCUCUACACAAGUCAUAAAGAACCCAUGGGAGGUAGUCAAGCAAUCUCCGCUAGACGACAGACUAGACAGGCUCGAUGGUAAAAUUGCACGGAAACGGGACGUCCGAAUGUGCACACACGGAUCGAAGGGCAUGUGCGAUUACUGCAUGCCGCUGGAGCCAUACUCAGCCGAAUAUCUCGCCGAGAAGAAGAUCAAACACCUCUCAUUUCACUCAUACCUACGAAAAGUGAAUUCGGCGAAGAACAGGCCCGAGCUAGGAAGCUCGUACAUGCCCCCGCUAACAGAACCGUACUAUCGAGUACGGCCAGACUGCGCCUCGGGGCACAAGCCGUUUCCAGAGGGCAUUUGCACAAAGUGUCAGCCUAGCGCUAUUUCGCUCAAGCCGCAGGAUUACCGUAUGGUGGAUCACGUCGAGUUUGCCUCGAUACAAGUCGUUGAUGAUCUGAUCAACUUCUGGAGAAAUACGGGCUGUCAGCGGUUAGGCUUUCUAUACGGUAGAUACGAGGAGUACACCGAGGUGCCACUGGGGACAAAGGCCGUAGUCGAGACCAUCUACGAGCCACCGCAAGUCAGCGAGGUCGAUGGCAUUUCAUUAGGAGAAUGGGACAACGAGAAAGAGAUUGAUGAAAUCGCCGCACAGUGUGGCCUCCAGCGUGUUGGCGUCAUCUUCACGGAUCUGCUCGAUGCAGAUAAAGGAGACGGUUCGGCCAUCUGCAAGCGACACAUCGACUCCUACUACCUAUCAUCUCUCGAGAUCAUCUUCGCGGCACGAUACCAGGCAAAGUAUCCUCGGCCGUCCAAGUGGAGCGAAACUGGGAGAUUUGGGUCCAACUUUGUCACUUGUGUAAUCAGCGGCGACCAAGAAGGCCAGAUCGGAAUCUCCUCCUACCAAGCAUCCAAUGAUGCGGUUGAAAUGGUGCGAGCGGACAUAAUCGAGCCUUCAGCCGAACCAUCAGUCAUGCUAGUACAGUCAGAAGAUGACAACGAUGCUCUCAACCGAGCGCGGUACAUUCCCGAGGUUUUCUACCGGAGAAUCAACGAACAUGGUGCAAACGUACAGGAGAUCGCGAAACCUGAUUUCCCAGUUGAGUACCUAUUGCUUACACUUACGCAUGGCUUCCCAACGCAACCGAAUCCUCUCUUCACAGGCGGCAAGUUCCCAAUCGAGCAUCGCGAGAUCAUGGGCGAGAUGGCAGACAUCUCGGCCCUGGGCAAGGCGCUGAACGCGAAGGCGAACGGUCUUGCGCUCAACACUACAAGCGGCCUCAACGCUAUCUCGAACUUCCAUCUAUUAUGUUUCAUCCACAGCCUAGGGAUUCUGUCAAAGGACGAAGAGACCCUCCUCUUCAAAGUUGCCUCAACACAUGACCUCUCAGAAGGCUCUGCCCUCCAACAUACAGGAGGCUGGGCAACACUCUUGACUAUCCUCAAAGAAAGUGGUGAGCGCCCCCCGAAACGUUCCUAUCCAUCCUCGUCUCUUCCCCAAACGGCCGUUAGGGGGGCUGCUCACCUUCCCCGUGAGCAACAUCGCCGUCUCGAGCGACAGCCCUCCCACGGUUCAGACUCCGAUUCAGUACAGUUGGCUAAGAGGGUUAAGGGGAUGGCAGACUUUUUCAACCUCAAAGCACGGCAACAAGCCGCUGCACAAGCCAGCUCUUCAAAGGCUUCCACAACAAAGCAACAGCCAGACCGCCUGCAGCCAUGGGUCGAGAAAUAUCGGCCAAAGACGCUCUCCGAAGUAACAGCUCAAGACAACACAAUUCAAAUCCUCUCUCGCACCCUCCAAUCCUCCAACCUACCGCACAUGCUCUUCUACGGGCCCCCAGGAACCGGUAAAACGUCUACGAUCCUCGCGCUCGCAAAACAACUCUAUGGCCCCGAGCUUUUGAAGAGCCGUGUACUCGAAUUGAACGCUUCAGAUGAGCGAGGCAUAUCCAUCGUCCGUCAAAAGGUCAAAGAUUUUGCAAGACAACAACUCAGCGUCGCGCCAACAUACAAUCUCAUGGUGGAAGACAAGGACAGCCCAGACGCUGGUAAGCAGAUGCGAUAUCGAGAUAAAUAUCCUUGCCCGCCGUUCAAGAUCAUUGUGCUCGAUGAGGCAGAUAGCAUGACACAAGACGCUCAAUCCGCACUUCGUCGAACCAUGGAAACAUACUCUCGGAUGACGCGAUUCUGUUUGGUGUGUAACUACGUUACCCGCAUUAUCGACCCGCUUGCUUCGAGAUGUUCCAAAUUUCGAUUUAAGAGCUUAGAUCAGGGCAAUGCGGUGAAGCGCGUUAGCGACAUUGCGAGGUUGGAAGGUGUGAAGUUGGAUGAAGGAGUUGCGGAGGAACUUGUGCGGGUUGCGGAUGGAGAUUUACGAAAGGCCAUCACAUUCCUACAAUCGGCGGCACGGUUGGUUGGAGCAGUACAACAAGCAGGGACUGGUGGAAGGAAGGGGAAGCGUGUAAUCGAAGACGACGACGAUGAAAUGGACAUCGACAUGCCUUCAGCCAACACAUCCGGCACCACCGUCUCCCUCCAAUCCAUCGCAGAAAUCGCAGGCGUAAUCCCCCCCGACACUUUACAAACUCUUAUGUCCUCGCUCUUCCCCAAAUCGUCCUCAAAGUCCAUUCGCUACGCCGAAAUCGCCAAAGUUGUCGAAAACAUGGUCGCAGAAGGUUGGAGCGCUUCCCAAACAGUCGGACAGCUGUAUGAGCAGAUCAUGUUCGAUGAGCGGGUGGAUGAUGUAAAGAAAGUAAGGCUGGCAGGCGUGUUUAGUGAAACGGAUAAGAGGUUAGUAGACGGAGGGGAUGAGCAUCUUGCUGUGCUGGAUCUAGGGGUCAGGGUUGCGGGGGUACUCUGCCAGGGCUGA